CAUUUAUAACUAGAGUUCAGAUGGUUAAUUAUCGAUGUUUUCCUGCAAUUGUUAUGGCGGAAACAGGAAAAUACGAUGUUCUGAGUACGAUAAUCUGGUAACGGCGUAAACAGUAAACAGUGUCGUGUCCUGGGAGGGAGGUGUCCGUUGUUGUGACAGACAACAGGAUGACGGCCACAGAUGAUGAAGAAGAUACCAGUGAGGGUCAGGGUGCUCCCAGCCAGACUCUGUCUCUCACAAGUUUUCUCUUUGGCAAUAUUGAUACUCAUGGCCAACUAGAGGGAGAUGUCUUUGAUGUGGAGUGCAAACGACAACUUGCUUCGCUCUCCCGCCUGGGUUUAGGCUCCCUCCUGCGGCAGGUAACAGAUGAUGGGGAUGAGGAUGAUGAGGAUGAAGAUGAUGAUGAUGACCGUGAGGAAGAGGAAGAAGAAGUGGGAGAGAAGAGUCCAUCAGCAAUUGAUUACUCUGACAUAAAUGAAGUUGUGGAGGACGAUACACUGGCCAGGCAGGAAGAUGAUGGUGAAGAUUAUGAUGCAGAAGAGGAGGAAAAUGGCCUCAGCAAAUCAGACUCUGAGCUGAUGCCUCCUCCUCCCUUGCCCAAGACCAGUGAAAGUGGCGGUGCCCCACCCUCCGCCACAACCACUGCCACCACUCCCAGCACCACCACCUCCACCAGUGCCCCCACCACCAGCACAAGCCGACGACCCAUCACACCACUGGCUGCCAUGUUACCUUCCAAGUACCUCAAUGUGGAUGUCAAAGAGAUCUUUCCUGACUUUAGACCAGAUGCAGUUCUGCGGUUUUCAAGGCUUUUUGGUCCUGGUAAAAUGGCUAAUCUUCCCAAAAUUUGGAGAGGCGUGAAGAGAAAAAAGAAGAAGAAAGUCACCCCUGGCAUAGAGGACGGCAGACUCUCCGGCGAUGAUAAUUUCCAGUGUGAGGAAGUGUCUGCCUCCCCUGAAGUACCAAAAGGAUUUGAACUUCAAUUUGCCUCUGAACCUCCUCCUUACAUGUGUGUGCCAGAUGACAGUAUUCGAUUCAGUCAGACACAAGAGCAUGACUCCAAUACGUGUGCCCAACAUGGAGAUGGGGACAAGGCUAGUGACCGCGAUCCCAACAAACCACAUGAGGCUGAUUGGCGCUAUGGCCCUGCACAGUUGUGGUACGACAUGCUGGAUGUUCCUCUCUCAGGGGCCAACUUUGAUUAUGGUUUCAAGGUCAAGGAGGAAUCUAACAGUAAUGAGAAACCAGAAUCACAAGAACAUGAUGAGUUAAAGGAUUUGGCACUGAAGGAAGAAAAGCUGGUCCCGUCAGGAUACGAGGCAGAUGGCGAGGAGGACAUAGCAGAUGAUUGCUUCCAUAUGGUGACACAGUACAAUUGGGAGGAAGACAUCAUUUGGAAUGGAGACGACAUCAAACAUAAGUUGAAUCAAAAACGUAAAAAUAUGGCAGCUGGUUGGGUCCCCAGCAGCUAUAACCGCACUGCUCAAGCCUUCAGUCAGCCUACCAAAGUGGCAACACCCUUUGCCUCCACAAAAGCCAGCAAAGUGAAGAGUCAAAUGCCCAGAAAGAACAAUGUGGAUGAUACAUGGUAUUCCAUUUUUCCUGUGGAGAAUGAAGAAUUGGUUUAUGGAAAGUGGGAGGACAAUAUUAUUUGGGAUCCUGAGAACAUGAAUGACAUUCCUGAGCCCACUGUGCUGACGCUAGAUCCCAACGAUGAAAAUAUCAUUUUGGGUAUACCAGAGGAUGUUGACCCAUCUACCCUCACCCAAGGUAAUGAUGCUCCUGUUAAAGUGAAGAUUCCCCACCCUCAUGUGAAGAAGUCUAAGAUCCUGCUUGGGAAGGCUGGUGUCAUCACUACCAUCGAGGAGGAGUCACCACCACCCCCUCCAAAGUCCCCAGAUAAAGAUCCAUUUAAUAUUUCCAAUGAUGAAUAUUACCAACCCAAAUCUUCAGAGCAGACAAUUAAAAUGUCUAUGGGAGGAGGUCUUCUACAGCACUCCACUCCUGUUGUUGAACUUCAGCCUCCAUUUAUCCCUACCUAUAUGGGAGAGAAGAAACUGAGAUUGUUCCAUCGUCCACCACUGAAAAGGUACUCCCAUGGCGCCCUGUCCACAAUGGGGCCUCACUCUGUCCUGCCACUCAUGAAGGAAAUUAAGAAAAAAGCAAAGCAAAGGGAAAUGGAACGUCUUGCAUCAGGUGGAGGUGAUGUCUUCUUUAUGAGGACACCAGAGGACCUCACAGGCAAGGAUGGAGACAUUAUCUUCUUGGAGUACUGUGAAGAGUAUCCUCCUCUUCUGUCUCAGGUUGGCAUGGCUACCCGCAUCAAAAACUAUUAUAAGCGGCGUGCAGGCAAUGACAAGGGGCCUCCUGAAUAUCGGUUUGGGGAGACAGCAUAUGCCCACACUUCUCCCUUUCUUGGAGCUAUGCAUCCAGGACAAAGUAUUCAGACUUUGGAAAACAACAUGUUUAGAGCUCCGUUGUAUGAACAUAAGGUCAUCCCCACAGACUUCUUAAUUAUUCGCACAAGAAAUAAUUACUGGAUCAGGGAAUUGGAUGGAGUGUUUACAGUUGGACAAGAGUGCCCUCUGUAUGAAGUUCCGGGACCUAAUUCCAAACGAGCCAACAACUUCAUUCGUGAUUUUCUGCAAGUAUUCAUUUAUCGACUGUUUUGGAAGAGUAAGGACAAUCCAAGAAGAAUAAAAAUGGAUGAGAUCAAGAGAGCGUUCCCAGCCCAUUCUGAGAGCUCAAUUCGUAAACGUCUGAAGCCUUGUGCUGACUUUAAACGUACUGGAGUUGACAGCAACUGGUGGGUCAUCAAACCAGAGUUUCGGCUUCCUACUGAAGAGGAGAUCCGAGCCAUGGUUUCUCCUGAACAGUGCUGCACAUACUUCAGCAUGGCCGCAGCAGAGCAAAGGCUGAAAGAUGCUGGUUAUGGUGAUAAAUUCCUGUCUGCCUUGGAGGAUGACAAUGAUGAUGACACUCAGAAGCUGGAUGAUGAGAUUAAAGUAGCUCCAUGGCACACUACACGAGCGUACAUCCAAGCUGUAAGGGGCAAGUGUCUCCUCCAGCUCACAGGACCUGCGGACCCGACAGGUUCUGGGGAAGGGUUCUCAUACAUUCGCAUCCCCAACAAGCCAACACAAAACAAAGAGGAACAGGAGCAGCAGCCCAAACGCACCGUGACAGGAACCGAUGCUGAUCUGCGCAGACUGUCACUCCACAAUGCAAAGAAUCUCCUCCGCCAGUAUGGGGUUCCAGAAGACGAGAUUGCAAAGCUGACAAGAUGGGAAGUAAUCGAUGUAGUUAGAACAUUGUCCACUGAGAAGGCAAAGGCAGGAGAAGAAGGAAUGAACAAAUUUUCUCGUGGAAAUCGUUUUUCUAUUGCAGAGCACCAGGAGAGGUAUAAAGAAGAGUGUCAGCGCAUCUUCGAUCUUCAGAAUAGGGUGUUGGCGUCAGAAGAAGUUCUUUCCACUGAUGAAGGUUCAUCUGAGGAAGAAGAUAAUGAUUCAGACAUGGAAGAGAAAGGAAAAUACAUUGAAAAUAUCUUGGCUAACAAGAAAACUACAUCUCAGAUGAGUUUGGAAAAGGAAGAGCAAGAGAGAAAAGAGCUUCAAAAGAUGAUAAUGGGAGAAGAAGACAAAGACGGGGAUAAAAGGAAAGGAACAAAGAAAGAUGAAGAUGAAAGCUCACAGUUUGGAUUUGGUACACCAGGUCGCCUUCUGAGAAUCACACGUACAUUCAAGACUUCGGAUGGCAAGGAAUACACGAGGACUGAGACUGUUCGCAAGAGUGCUGUAAUUGACACUUAUGUCAAGAUUAGAACUUCAAAAGAUGAAUCUUUCAUCAAGACUUUUGCAGGCCAGCUUGAUGAAACUCAAAAAGAGGAGAUGAAGCGUGAGAGACGCAGACUCCAGGAACAAUUGAGGAGGAUCAAGCGUAACCAAGAGAGACAACAGAAGGGCAUCGUCACUCCGCCCAAGACCAAAAAGCCUAAACUAAAGCCUGAUCUCAAGUUGAAAUGUGGAGCUUGUGGCCAGGUUGGCCACAUGCGCACCAACAAGGCCUGUCCAAUGUAUGCAGGAAAUACCAGUUCCACACAGCCCAUAAAUGUGGCCCUGACAGAGGAACAAGAAGAGGAGAUGGAGAAGGGAGGUAUUGAGGAGUCUGAGGAGCUCAUCAAUGUUGAUGGAACGAAGAUCAAGCUCUCUUCUAAGGUCAUCAAGCAUGCAGAGGAACUGAAGCGCAGAUCUUUAGUGCUUAAAGUCCCAAAGGAUCAAGUCAAGAAUCCCAAACGCAGAAGGGCAGGAACUGUAGUGCAUUGUGACUACCUGAAGCGUAAGGAGAGGUCAGUGAACCGACGCCGCAUAGACCCGGUCAUCACUCUCUCCACCAUCUUUGAAGAAAUGUUGAACGAGAUGAGGGAAAUGUCAGAUGCACAACCAUUCCUUUUUCCAGUUAAUGUGAAGCAAGUUCCUGAUUAUUACAACAUAGUUAAUCACCCAAUGGACUUAUCAACGAUUCGGGAUAAUCUUCGACAAAAGAAAUACCAAAGCAGAGAAGAGUUCCUUUCAGACAUAUCACAAAUCGUUGAAAACUCAAAAUUGUACAAUGGUGUAAAAAGCACACUUACUGUGACAGCACAAAAGAUGCUGGAAUUGUGUAUUGAUAGAUUUGCUGAGAAGGAAGAGAGACUAAUGAGGUUGGAAAAAGCAAUCAACCCUCUCCUUGAUGAUGAUGACCAGGUGGCGUUUGAUUACAUCCUGGACAAUAUUGUAAACCAGAAGCUGUUCUCCAUGCAAGAAUCGUGGCCUUUUAUGAAACCUGUAAAUAAGAAGAAUGUAAAAGAUUAUUAUGAAAUCAUUCAGAGCCCAAUGGAUCUCUCCACUAUUGCCAAAAAAGUCAAAAAUCACAAGUACCAUAGUAGAGCAGAGUUCAUGCAUGACAUGGAACUUAUUUCAACAAACAGUAUCAGAUAUAAUGGGCAAGAUUCUGCUUUCACUCAAAAGGCUGAGAUUCUUCUUCAAGUUACCAAGGACAGUUUGGCUGAAUAUGAGGCUCACCUGGAUGCCUUGGAGAAAAAGAUCACUCUUGCCCAAGAACGUGCAUUAGAACAAGCUGAAACAGACUCUUUGUGCACCUCCCUUGGCCCUGAUGAUGAUACAAAUUACACAUUUGCUGAGCCAGAGCAAGACAACCCUGACCACAACAUGGGCUCACCAUCAGAACAUCUCCUAAACUACUCAGGUGAUGAAGAUGAUGAGCAUGUGAAUGUUGUGGAUGGGGAGGAAGAGGAUAUGAUGCAGACACCUAAAAGACGCCGCCUUCAGCAAGAGCAAAGGAACGUGUUGGAAGAAGAUCUUGAGUUUAGUGAUGACGAAGAAGACUAUGGAAUGCAUCAUCAUCAUCAACAGCAACAGCAGCAGCAGCAGCAGGUGGAAAUGUCUGGGGCAGAAAUGGUAGAGGCUGGCAUGAUACUUGAAAAUCAGUAUGGCUCUCAUCAGCAGGGGCCUGAUGAAACUCAAGGAGCAGCAGAGGCCAUGGUUCAGCUCUCAGCCCAGUACUCAUACUAUCAGGGUGAAACAGGGGAGUACAAUCCCGAAGGUUUGGGGGCUGAAGGUAACAUGGAGGUUGAUGCCAGCUAUGAUCCUUCAGUGGAGUUUCUUGGAGGCAUGAUGCCUUCUCAGGCACAUGAUGACACUACCAUCAACAAUGACUUAGCUGUGUCUGACUCUGAUGAUGAAGCUUCCCGUCAGGUAGAGAAUCCACAAGUGGAAAAUCAACUCCCUGAAGAAGAGGAUGACAAAGAUGCAUUGUGGUUUUAAGCCAACUCAUAUUUUAUAUUGAUAUUAAGUCAUAAAUAAACUAUUCUAUAUCAUGAAAGAAUAUAU